AUGGCCACCGUCUCCGAGGGUGCCGACGAGCGCACGUCCCCCGAUGAGGCCGCUCCUGAAAGGCCAGUCAAACCUCAAGCUGCUCCCGAAAGGUCGGCCAAGCAUCAGGGGCUCCAUGAAAGGCCGCCCAUCAGGCUUCCGGACAGACCGGCUCCCAAACCCGCGGCCACACCUGCAGAAAAGCCUGCCCAGAAGCCUGAUGAGAAACCGGCUCCAGACCAGCAAAAGAGCAAGUCAAAUGAGUUUCUUCAACAUCUCCCAAAAGCGUUCGCAACGUAUAUUGGCGUCAAAUCGUUGAAUGAGCACGCCGACACGGCCAAAGAGUGGGCCGACUGGUUCAUGAACAUCCAAAAAGCCCCAGAUGAGAUGCGCGGUCUCUCUAGCAAAGUGACUGCAGCCAAGGACACCAUCGACCAGAUCCAGAAUACCAUUACCGCGCGUCCCGAUUUACUGGAAGGCGACAGUGCCGAUGCUCUUAGGCAACAGAUCGAGUCGGCCAUCAAGAAUGCCAAGGUGGCCCUGGAUAAGAUGACCAAGCUUCUCCAGGACCUAAGCGAUGAUGGCCUGGAAGGGACGGUCUGGGAGGGUUUCCACAACUCCUAUAGCUCGUAUAGAUACAAGAAUGAGUGGGAGGCCAAGAUCAAGGCAGCGGACGCCGAUCUUGAGAAGCAGUUGGGAACUCUCAACUCGCUCAUGGUCAACAUUUACUCACGUGCCCUCAUGAAGCCAGCACCUCCAGGGAUGAGCAAUCCACCUCCACCGCCAGGGUCGAGCAAGCCAUCUGCCUCCACGGAAGCAAGACGGUCGUCUCAUGAGCACAGCUCUUCGAGAUCAAGGGCUGGUUCAACUGGACUGGACCCUCCUCCGAUGGGUCAAUUUUACAGACCUCCAAGUCCAAACCCGACACCGGUGCCAGAAAACCCUGCGGAAGAAGCGGCUCCAGAAGCUGCAAGCUCCGAGCCUGCAUCCAACGAAAAGACGCCUCCAACUGAGGGACAUUCUGAAGAGAAAUCGCCAGAAAGCAACACUGACAGCAAACAAGCUUGGUCAACUCCGCCAACCGGAGCCCCGACCAAAGAUAACGUCCAGGCCGAUACUGAUUCAACUCAGGCACCGAAAUCCCCACCUGAUGCUGUUGCACAGCAACCGAGCGAGCCGUCAAAGGACGAGCCCAAGAAUGAAGAAGCCACCCGUGAAGAGCCUCCCCCACAACCAAAUGCUACAAAGGCCAAGGCGCCUAAACAGCGAGAGCCAGCAGACGAUCCCGAAGAUGUGCUCCUUGAUGCCGCCUGGAAUGGCGACAUCGGCGCUUGCGGAGAAGCUCUUCGCAUCGCAUCGCCACUGACGCGUGACCUUCAAGGUCUAACACCACUGCACCUCGCGGCGGAACGUGAUCAUCUUGCCAUCGCGAUGCUAUUGCUUGAUCACGGCGCCGACUGUAACGCCCGCGCCAACGGAGGUCGAACGCCAUUGCAUCUCGCGGCGAGGUUUGGCUCAGCGGCCAUGGUCGAGUUUCUCGUAGAUGACGGUCGCGCAGACCCCAAUGCGAGGACGAAUGAUGGACGUACGCCUCUGCACUACGCAGCGAGUGCUGCAGUGGACGGAGACGACGAGAGGAGAGAAGUCGUCAGGAUUCUUAGAGAUUGGCGAGCAGACCCGACGAUUGAGGACAACAAGGGCAGAACGCCUCGAGACCUCGCACAGAAGCGAGACUAUUGGGACGUCUCAUCGACGCUGAGGAGAGCAGAGAAGAAGUGGGAGGAGGAUCACAACCCAAAUUGGCUUCAGCGACACGGAUUCAUGAAAUAG